CUUAUCAAACCACUGACAUUUAAUCUUAGCCUAUACAGUUGAAGGAUUUAUUUUGGUAUAUUUCCUUGAGCUUAGUAUUUACUGGUAUUUGUAUUGUAGAUUAUAUGGUUCUGGACUAGCCUCAGCGUAAUUUGAGUUGAUUUUCAACUGCUUACCACUCAUGAUGUCCCUCUGAGCCCUAAUACAGAUUUGCAAUACAACUUAAUCUGUAAUACAGAUCAAGUUGCCAUGUGAUAAUGCCGUUCACUGUUAUUUUAGCACUUUUCGUUAAAUGUGAGUGAGCUUGUUAUACAUGCACUGUUAAACACUGACUAGGGCUGGGCUUUUUGAGAUCAGGCUUUUAUCCGUAUGCACAUGUUUAAUGUACAAUAUUGACUGAUAACUGUACUUGUAUGCAUAGUGUUUCAUGAUUUACUUUAUCUCUAAAUGUUUGAUAAAAAGAGCUAGUUGCCAGCCUCAGAAGGAAUGGGUAUUUUUUUGACGCCAUUUUGAGAUUUAUUAUGUUGUAAUUUCGGUCUCUCUUGAGUGUAAAUUCUCCCUAAAAUAUGAUGUUUUCACCCUAAUAGAAAAAGGUCCAAUGUAGCAGUGUUUGGGAGUCAUUAACAAGGGCAGCAGUGUUUAGCUGCAUUCUGGCCUCACUCUAAGCUGGGAUAUCUGGCUGUAAUCUCUUUAGCCCACUCUUAUACUGCUGCUUGGUGGGCAGUUUCUCAUAGGUCUCUUCAGUUUAUCACUAUCAAAGCCAGGUUACAGUAGAGCAACGUUGUGCUCGCAUAAAUGUCUGCUGUCUCCCAAGUAUAACCAUGGCCAGUUCCUCAGACACACCUUCAUCGGCAAUGGCUCUGUCCACUGGAGCCACGAGUUACCCUAGAAAGAUACUGGACUACAUGGAAGGCUUCCUAGUCUCCAAGACCCUGUUCACAGCGUGUGAGCUGGGGGUGUUUGACCUGCUGCUGGGGUCCCAGAGCCCCCUGUCUGCAGAGGAGGUAUCGCAGGCCAUAGGAGCCAGUCUGGACGGGACACAGAGGCUCCUGGACGCCUGCACCGGCCUUGAGCUGCUGACAGCUCAGCAGCAGGAGCAGGGAAGGGUGUACUAUAACACAGUGGACGCAAGCCGCUACCUGACCCAGUCCAGCCCGGUGACCCUGUACCACUCCAUCCAGUACAGCUCCAGAACCAUCUACCAGUGCUGGUCCCACCUAACCGACGCCGUCAGAGAGGGGAGGAACCAAUAUGAGAAGGCUUUUGGCGUCAACUCCGAAGACCUGUUUGAAGCGCUCUACCGAUCUGACGAGGAGAUGGUCAAGUUCAUGCAUCUAAUGAACUCCAUCUGGAACAUCUGUGGGAGAGAUGUGGUUACAGCCUUUGACCUUUCACCUUUCAGGAGUGUAUACGACCUUGGAGGCUGCAGCGGGGCAUUUGCUAAGCACUUCACGUCAGCUUACCCAGAGAGCACCGUGACUAUCUUUGACCUUCCAAAAGUGGUGCAAGUUUCCCGGCAACACUUUGUCACAGACGGCAACCAGAGGAUAGGGUUCCAUGAGGGAGACUUCUUCAAAGACCCCCUGCCAGAAGGUGACCUCUACAUCAUGUCCAGGAUCCUCCACGACUGGACUGAUCAACGCUGCAUUGAGCUGCUGACGAAGGUCCACCAAGCCUGCAAGCCAGGGGGCGGCGUGCUGCUGGUGGAGGCCCUGCUGCUGGAGGACGGCUCGGGGCCCCUCACGGCCCAGCUCUACUCCCUCAACAUGCUGGUGCAGACGGAGGGACGGGAGCGCACGGCCGCCCAGUACCGGGCGCUCCUGGACGCGGCCGGGUUCACCCAGGUCCAAGUGCGCUACACGGGCAAGAUCUACGACGUGGUGCUGGGAUACCGGCAGGGCUGACGACCGCUGCCGUACGGCUGAAUGUGCGUCCGCAUUGGGAUUUGCCUUGCCUCCCUGCUCUGUAUUCAUGAAGCCGCAUACGAAAUACUGCAAACGGUUGUCAUUUUGUUUCUUAGUAGUCACAGUUCAAAAGCAGUUAUUUUGGUUUACCCCAGGGAGGAUGGCUAACACAUGAUGUUAUAUACGAUGAUUUGAUUCAGAAGUUUUAUGGGUUUGCCGUUUUAAGUGAAUAUACAAACACAAGGUGUUCGUCUUAUUUCCUUAAGGAAGAGAUACCCUAAAGAUCAUGAGUAGGUUACUGUGUCCUGUUUUGGUUGCUUUAACAAUAAAAACGAUUCUAAUCA